AUGCAUGCGGCAAUUGCCGAUAACGUUCGCAACUUGCAGUUUCUAUUGAGAAAAGGUCUUUCACUUUGGGAUGUAGACAACGGUGGUGCGACUCCAUUACAUUGGGCUACGCAAUGUGUUUCAACCAAGGUAGUGCGAUAUAUUUUGCAAGCUGGAAAGUCACCGCAAGGCUUGGCACCUUUUCUGGUUCCCGAUAAAGAAGGUGUCACCCCGAUACACAUAGCAGCUGGUGGAAAUGGGAAGAUAUUACAGGUGAAUGGGGCCUUUUAGCC